GAAGUUUGGACAUUCAAGGUCAAUAGGUUAUUUUUUUACAAACGCAGAAAAGUAUAUAAAGCUGGGUAUAGUUCUCCCUAACACAGAGGACAUUCUUAAGGACUCACAUCAAGAUUUUUUUAACCUGAAGAUGUACAAGCUACUGUGCUUUUCCGUGCUUUUGGCUGCUGCCAUGGGAGACGGCUACUAUGGCGGUGGAUACGGCGGGGGACUUUUCGGCGGUAAAGGUUUCUAUGGAGGCGGCCUUUUGGGUGGAUAUGGCGGUUAUGGUGGAUUAUAUGGCGGAUACGGAGGAUUUGGUAGAGGAUAUGGAAAAGGAUUCGGUGGGUUGUUUGGUGGAUAUGGAGGAUAUGGUGGAUACGGAGGAUAUGGUGGAUACGGAGGAUAUGGUGGAUACGGAGGAUAUGGUUUAUACGGAGGUGGAUACGGUGGUCUGUUUGGAGGAUACGGAAAAGGAUACGGGCCAGUCGUAACUGUUAUUUCUGGCGGGAAAGGAUUUGGUGGAUUUGGAAAACGCAAAGCUUCUUCUUAUCUUAUUCUGCACAGAGAAAAAACUUGCAACGAAGCUAUCCGACCCUUAAAGAUGAAUAAGCUCUUCUGCCUCUCCGUGUUACUGGCUGUCGCGCUGGGCGAUGAUUACUAUGGCGCAGGAUAUGACGGAGGAUUUGGUAUUGGACUUCUUGGAGGAAAGGGUUUCUAUGGAGGCGGUCUAUUUGGUGGAUACGGUGGUGGAUAUGGAGGAUAUCUAGGUGGAUACGGCGGCUAUGGUGGAUUAUAUGGCGGAUAUGGAAAAGGGUUUGGUGGCCUGUACAGUGGCUUCGGAGGAUAUGGGGGAUACGGAGGAUAUGGUGGAUUAUAUGGCGGUUAUGGAGGAUAUGGAGGUGGAUACGGUGGUUUGUAUGGUGGAUUCGGUGGAGUUAAUGGCGGAUACGGACUUGGAUAUGGCGGAUCUGUAACGGUGAUCUCUGGUGGAAAGGGACUAGGUGGAAUAGGCAAAAAAUUAGGUUAUUAUUGAAAUGGACAUUCCAGACGACUCAUCAGAUGAAAGCCUAAGGCACAGAUGUACUAUAUGCUCAUCUUUUAUUUCAUUACUCAAUGACAUAUAGUCAUA